UUGAACUCUUGUCUUAUCGCCCGCGCCGCCCGUAAUGUACACAAUAAAAAAGGCACCAACUGACAGGUAUCAUGUCACGCGAGGAUCAAGUGGAUAAAAAGAUCAAUAUUUCCAAUUAUCCAAAUCUACAAACUCUAAUUGACAAGCGAAAGCUAAAAUGUCAUUUUUUGUUAAAUUUGUAGGUUAUAUUUUAUUUAGAUUCUUACAUUUUGAAGGAAAAAUUACGCAAUAAUUGAAUUCUUUUAAGAACAUUUAUAUUGAAAACAAAAUGAAAUAGUUCUACUCUUAAUGUGAGUGCAAUGAGGAUUGGCUGGGUUCACAAAUUAGUUAAUAAAUGGCCCGGUAAUAAGACAUUUGGAAUGUAUAGAUUCCUUCCGCUAUUCUUUGCACUUGGAGCUGCAUUAGAGUUUUCUAUGAUCAACUGGAAAGUGGGUGAAGUGAACUUUUAUAAUACAUUUAAGAAAAGGCAGGCCCACGAUAUUGUUGACGAGAAGAUAAGGAAGUAUUCGGCUGCAUAAUGCCCGCAGGAGUGACGUGGGGACAGUACUUCUCAUU